AUGCCACCCGCAGAAGAACCAUAUCAUUACCUCCAAAAGAAGAUUGGAGCUAUCGUUUCAGAACUAACUACUGAGUUAAUUGAGAAUACAGCUGAAUUCAAACGUAUUUCAAAAGAAGCCUACGAUAUUGAAGAACUUAUUCUACUCAGUCGUAGUAAGUAUAUGAAAGUAAGUCAAGAAAUUCAAGCCGAAUCCAAAAGACAACAAGAAAUCGAAGGUGUACUUGACUACUUUGAAGGCGAAAUAGACAAAAUCAGAACUAUUCUUCAAGCCAAUCCAAUUGAUGGUCCAGAAACACCUACAUUUGCCUCUCUAGGAGAUCUUGAUAGUUUAGUUAGUGAGUUUAAUUCUCUUGUAGCCACACUCGAUCUUUCUAUCCCCAAUUCCAUUAACAUAUUCCUCAACGAGAACAUGAACCUCAUCAGCUAUGCCGACACUCUCAUCCAAAAACUAGCCACCAAAAGAGCCCUAGCCAAGCAAAAGCUAGCUUAA